AUGCCACCGGUAGCGUCCACGACUGUCUGGCCAUCCACCUCCGGACAAGAGUAUGUCGCUUGCGAUAUUACUGCAGGAGUUGCGGACAAAGUGGUGCUAGCAGUUGUAGAGCCCGAGCUAUAUUGUAAGAAGGAACUCGAGACAAGGCUAGAAGAGAUGCGAGAAGAAGAGCUCGAAGCAGCACUCGAUACGGAGCUCACGGAAGAAACAAGGCUGUCUGACGAGCUCGAGAUAACGCUGGACGAAGAACUCGAGCUUGAUGAAGAAGCGUUCGAGAGCGAAGAAAGUGCGGACGAAGAACUUGAGGCGACACUCGAUAGAGAGCUUGCCGAAGAUGAUCCGAUGCUGAUUGACGAGCUAGACGUGCUAGGUGUAACGCUCGAGAAUGUAAUGCUCGCGGAGGAAGGUCCAACAGAUGUCGACGAAGUGGACAACGUACUGGAAAGGGCAGGAGAUACACUCGGCAAUGCACUAGAUGACGAGCUCAAGAUUGAAGAUAAAGCUGACGAAGAGCUCGAUGCGGCACUUGACAGAGAGCUCAGCGUGGACGACCCGAUGCUGCUUGCAGAUGAAGAGCCUGGCGUCACGGCAGCCGAUGAUGAGCUAGAAGUGAGUCCAAUGGUCGAUGAGGAGCUAGUGACUGAUAAGCUAGUCGUAGGUGUGACACUGGACGAGGAGCUUGAGAUUGAAGGUGACAAUGCGGAUGAAGAGCUCGAGGCCAGAAUCGAUGACGAGCUCGGAAUUGAAGACGAAGCCGACAAAGCUGACGAAGAGUUCGGAGUCGAAGAUGAAGCGGAUGAAGAGCUCAAGAUAAGACUAGACGACGAACUCAGGCUUGAUGUUGAAGCGCUAAAAAGCGAAGAAAGAGCUGAUGAAGUGCUCGAUGCAAUACUUGACAGGGAGCUUGCCGAGGACGACCCAAUGGUGCUUGACGAGCGAGAAGUGGAUAAAGCAGUCAACGAGGAGCUCGCGGAAGAAGAACCAAUGCUUGCUGAUGAUGUAGACACGACGCUGGAAGACACGCUAGACCCGGAAGAUAGAGCCGAUGAGAUGGACGACAGCGCUGACGAGACACUCGAGGAGACACUCGAUGCAGAGCUUGACAGGGAGCUGGCAGAAGAAGAAGCGAUGCUUGUCGAUGAGCUUGUCGAGCUGAUCAGAGGGCUGGAAGUCGAGCUUGAAGAACUGGUUAUUGAAGAGGUUGUAGACGAUGCUAGAGAGCUGGACGAACUGCUGCUCACAGUCGAUGAUGAGCUUGUGGUGAUCAACAAGGAGCUAGAUGCAGAACUCGUGGUGGUGAUGGUAUAG